UUUUUUUUUCUGUUGCUCAGACGUGUGUGUGAAGUCAGCCGUCUGUCUGGCACAGAUGUGUGUUGAUGUGCUUCCAGCUGUUUGUGGGGAUUCAUGGUGUCUGGACCUAUAUGGUCUGGUCUGGUUUGGUCUGGAGGAUCCUCCCUACAGCCUGUGAGAUCAUUACACUUUUAAUUAGACCGGAUCCGCCAAUUAACGGGAAGUCAGACGGUCUCUCUCAGCCCUUUAAAAGCAGCUGAGUCAAAGCUCCUGCAGGAUUCGGACAGAGGCUCAAACAGGAUUUACAGAAGGAUGUCUUCCACUGUACUCUAUGCUGUUAUUUUGCUGGCGUGUGCCUUGACAUUUAGUGCUGCUCAGACAAACUGUAAAGGUCAAUGUGGUGCCGGGUUCAUUAGGGGCUCCACGUGCCAGUGUGAUUAUGGCUGCAUGGUUUAUGGAGAGUGCUGCAAAGACUUUGAAUCCCAAUGCACCACAGAAAGCUCAUGUAAAGGACGGUGUGGGGAAGGCUUCAAAAGAGGCCGGCUGUGUAGCUGCGACUCUGAGUGCGUCAAGUAUAAACAGUGUUGUCCAGAUCACAACACCCACUGUGAUGCACAAGAGGAAAUCAGUGGAGCAGCCAGUGCAACAGCACCCGUGGAGAAUAAUUCAUGCAAUAAAGUAAAUGAUAACAAACCCAAAGAGCCGCCUCUGAAUGAAGCAACAGAGUCUUCUCCAUUCAGCGAGGGAAACAGUGCAGAUGACCCUAUGAUUCCACUGGUCAGUCCAGCAUCAUAUCCGCAAGAUGAGCUCAGUGAUGGUAAGUACAGCCAGCUUUUUUCCAAUGAGGAUUUUUCCAACAAUGACCCGGAGGCAAGUCCAAUCCCAGAGAGCACCAGCGGUUAUGGAUUGUCUACAGCUGACCUGCUGGAUCAAAUUUCUACUGAACCCACCAUAUCCAAGUUCAGCACAGAGACAUUUACAGUCUUCUCUCAGACACAAACGACUAUCUCAGAUAACAAACCAACACAGGCCGACGACAGCCCCUCCACCCUUUACCCCACCACUGAAGAAACCCCCAUAGAGAGCACAGAUGCCAGUGAUUCUACCAGCUCAUCCAACCCAGGAACAACUCUCCCACAGCCUACAACAACAGCCGACCAUGUCUCCAGCCAGGCUACUCCAACCUCAGUACCACAAACAGAGUAUUCUCCUACAGCCAACAUCCCAGAGCUGGAGAUGGUAGCGGAUACCACUGUAGCCUCCUCUGAUGAGCCAGAGGUUACAACCCUACCCAACGCAGCCUCCUCCACACCUGUGGCCCCUGUAACCACACAACCCUCACAAGGCUCCUCCACAGUCUUGGAAAACGCUCAGGCCACCGUCAUCCCUGCCUCAACGCUGGACCCGUUAACCAUCCCAGGGGCAACCAGUUCAAACCCCAAACCAGAUGAUACAGACAGUGUCACAACAGGCCCUCCAUCUUCUCUGGCUGACCUUGAAGAUCCUUCCACCAGUGUUUCUCCAGCAGGGUUGCCAGAGCUUGAUGCCCUGACGACCCACAUUCCCUCAUCCACUGAUGCAGUGCCCAAUGACAUCACAGAUGCAGGAGUAACCACUGCUGAUCCACUAGAUGUCACACCAGUCGCGACCAAACUCACACCAUCUGAAGCCACCUCCAAACCCCAGAACAAACCUGACCCACACAAGCCAUCACCAGCUAAACAAACUCUGGCUAAACCCAGCUCCAUAGACGAGACUAAGCCUCUGGACCCUGCACAAACUCUAGACAAUACUAGAGACUUCCAAGCAGAUGACAGCAACGAUACAAAUCUGUGUAGUGGGCGGCCGGUCAGCGGAGCCACUACGCUGAAGAACGGCACAAUGGUGGUUUUCAGAGGGCACUACUUCUGGUCUCUGGACAGACACAUGUUGCCUGGUCCGGCUCGUGGCAUCACACAAGAGUGGGGCGUCCCUUCCCCCAUCGACACUGUGUUCACCCGCUGCAACUGCCAGGGCAAAACUUACAUUUUCAAGGGACCCAAGUACUGGAGAUUUGAAAAUAGUGUGUUGGACCCGAACUAUCCAAAGGUUAUUGAAACAGGCUUUGAUGGGCUUCGGGGCCAAAUCACAGCUGCUCUGUCUGUGCCUCAGUACCAGACGAGGGGAGAGUCAGUUUAUUUCUUCCAGAGAGGGGGAUUGGUCAAGAAAUAUUCAUACCAGCUUGGCACAAGUCCAACAUGUGGCAGGAAACCCCAGUUUACCGUUCAUACAGUCCGCAACCGAAUGGUUCGACAAGCAGUGUCUCGUCUAGGGCCAGCUGUCAGCUUCCGGACAACUUGGAGCGGUUUCCCCUCCACCAUCACAGCUGCUGUGUCCGUCCCAAGCAUCAGAGCACCAGAGGGAUACAAAUACUACGUCUUCUCAGGAUCCAAAUCCUACAAUGUGAGGAUGGGCAGUGAACAUCCCGUCAUUCCUCCUACAACCAACGCGUCACCUCAGAGCAACGGCGUCUUCAAGUGCCAAAAGAAAGUCCGAUGAAAGAAAAUUGACUCUUAUACAUUUUUUUUCUCCUAGUUUUAAAGUUUAUUACAUCAUUCAUAAAACGCACUGCUUCAGCAUGGACCGAUUACAAAAUGGUACUUUACAAGAUCAUAAAAAACAAAAGCCAAACUAAAAACAACAAGUGAAUAUGAUCGAGGCUGAAUACAGAAUCUAAACACGCUGCUUGGAAAAUAUGUAACUUGAAAAUAUAAUGACAGCAAUGUGAGGGCAGUCAUCGUUGUCAAGUUUUCUGACUGGUGCUUCAUCUUGCGAAUCGUCUCCCAUGUACACCCCGAGAAGGAAAUCCUUGACCUGUCGGGAUAAACAAUAUUUUUGAUUAAACGUAAUAUAUGUACAGUGGCUUAAUAAAAUAUGUAUGACAUGUAAAACAAUUAUAGUGUUUCCUCUGUUAUUCUCAUCAACAUUAAACUGAAUUAUAAUACACCAACAUGUAUUUAACGCUUUGACUGGUAAUUCAAAAUAAACAAAUGCUUUGCCAGGA